AUGCUCUUUAAAAAGGUUACCACGUCACAUAUCGGCUACAUGUUGCAAGGAAUUGAAGCUGAAGUGAAGAGUGAGAGAAUGAAAGCUGCUGUCAACGAGACGUCAUCGCCAGAAGAAGGGUGGGACGUCGACUUUCUCAAAGAAGCAUGGCCGCUUCCAUGCAAGAAGAUCGUAACAUUUCCUGGCUUUCCGGAUCCCGCCGCAUACCUGCAGAGGCCUCAGAUCUUCCUGGCGGUUCCUCCUCACGACCUGGGGUGGAUGCACUUUGACCCCAGGGAAGUUUUGAGAUGUCAAACUCCAUGUCUCUGGCUUCUGGAGCUGUCUUGCAUGGAUGCUGCCGACGUGCUAAUCUUCAGCUGCUGGUGGUCUCAGGGCAGGCAAGGAGGAGGGAAACCAAACGUUCCCAAGCAUCCCCACCAACUCUGGAUGAACUUGUGUCUUGAAAGCACCGGAGGAAGAGAAGAUAAAGAGUUUCUUCAUGCAAUGGACAUCUCGGCAACUUAUCAGGCAACUUGA